AAUCUCACACACACUCACACACACACACUCAAUCUCACUCACACACACACUCACACUCAAUCUCACACACACUCACACACACACACUCAAUGUCACUCACACACACUCAGACACUCACACUCGACGCACAUGACAGGCGGCCAGCAAAGUGAGGCGAGCGACUGGGAGACUGAGCGGAGUCCGUGACGAGUGGCAGGAGAUCCUCAUGACCCCCUGGACAGCGAUGCUCCGUCUGUUUCUCAUGAUGCUUUUCCCGCAGCAACUGUCCUCCGCCGGGGAGUGCGGCGAUGGAUUCUACAAAACACCGCAAGGAGUUUGCUGUGAGCUGUGCCGUGCAGGGAUGUACAAGAUGUCGGACUGCAUAGCUAAUGGUCGUGCUGCCAUGUGUGAGUCGUGCCCUAAGGGCACAUUCAUGGACAGAGACAACCAGGAGAAGGUGUGCUCGUGGUGCAGCAGCUGUGGGCCAGGCGAGGAGGCGGCUGUGAACUGCUCCGUGGCCCAGGACACGGUGUGUCGGUGCGCGGAGGGCCUCAAGAGAGACGACGACUUGGGAAUUUGUGUGCCUCAGGAGUUGCAAACCCCAGGUAACUCCACGUCAGUCGUGUUGGCGGCAGUCCUCAUCUUCGUCCUGACUGCACUCGUGUUGCUCAUAGUUUACUUCAACAUGAAGCAGAAGGGGUUGACUUUAAAAACGAUGGUGAAGCAAUCAGACACUACUCAUACAAAUAACGAGCAUGAUGAAAAUCUACCGCUUGUUCAUAUCAUGCGAAAUGAACACAAGGUGCCAUAUGGAGUUCAGAGGAGCAAUGAGAGCAGCGAGACAAUGCAACAGAUCCGAGAGAACAAAGAGAAACUCAAGGCCUGGAUCGGAGCGGAUCCAUCGGCCUUCCUGGAGCAUCUCAACGGCUUCAAAUUGAUUCCACGACGAGUUCACCAAGCGGCCAUCAUCAAGGGCGGAGAGGAGAGUGUGGAGCUCGUUCUGGACCACUUCAUCAGCCAGGGAGAGGCACGCUGUGAGACGCUGUGGGACUCCCUCUACUCUGUGAGGAAGCAAUACGUGCAGCUGUGGAAGUGGAUUCAGACACACGGCGAGGCAUUGAGGGCCAUUCGAGAUAAGGAGUCGGAUCUGAAGCUCUGGAUCGCCAGAGACCCCAAGCAUCUUCUGCUGCAGCUGAUGAGUCGGGGACGGAUCCCGAACGAGCUCUUCACCGAGGCCAAGGGCAUCCGGGAUGGCGUGGAGUGCACGGAGCUGCUGCUCAACUUCUUCAAAGAGAGAGGGAAUGACGACUGCCUCAAGCUGCUCUUUGCCCUGCAGGCCGUGCAGAACGAGUAUCCUGGACUCAAGGAGUGGCUGGGAGGCCUUGACUUCCUCCGGAGACUCUCCAACAAGUCCCCCCUGGUUCUGAACAAGUACAACGACUUUGUCCUCCGAGACAAAAUCCGCUUCAAGACGAGGGAGCUCCUCGUGGCGCUGCGCGACGACCUGACGCCUCUGCUCUCCCAACUGCAGAUCAGGAACAUCCUCACCGACAACAGCGUGCGGGCCGUGAAGGAGAUGCAAGCUCGGCAAGGCAGCGAGAAGGCGACACAGCACAUGGUGGAGCUGGUGAUGGCGAGGGGGCGACCCAGGGUCAAGCAGUUCUGGGAGGCGCUGUGGGACCUCAGGGAAAGUUACCCAGACCUGGAGUACGUCUUUGAGAAGUUCUAAUCUCGUUUGGGAGAGAGGUGGCGGAGUGGUUAGCACCGUGUAAUAACCGCUGCAUUGAGACACCCAAAUUAUGUCGACACAUUUUAACGAGCGUUCACGACAAUUGCAUCUCACAAUUGCUGAGGCAAGAAAUUAUUUCGCUCGGCUGAUAUGCAGGAGGUCUUGGGUUCGAUCCUGACUGACGGCUGCUGUGUACAGGUAGUCCUCUACUUACGAUGGAGAUGUGUAAGGACGACCCCAUCGUAAGUCAAAAAUAUCGUAGGUCAAAGAUGGCCUGGCCUAGCCUACCAUGGAGUCUUAAAGAAUGGUGAUAAUUUAGCAAAACAGAGCAAUUUAAAGUACCGUACUAUAUACAAUAUAUACUGUAUGUAUUUAUUAAAUACAAUACUGCAUUGCACAGCAAAAUGUAAAGUAAAAAAACAAGGUAAAUUCUUAGCCUACCGAUGUGAACUGCAAUUUCAUCGAAAGUUUUUUUCAGGAAACAAUCCUUAUCCGCUAUAAAAAAAAACUUUUAACACGCAUUGAACGUAAAGUAUCGCGGUAACCCUAAAAUGAAAUCGCUAAAGCUACGUAUCAUAGACGCAUUGAACGUAUCGUAACGUAUUGUAACUGUACUCACCAAGAUUCUGUCCGUCAUCUGCAUACCUGAACGAUGUUUAGGUUGCUGAUGGCAAUUUUGUCGCAUCUUCUAUCGCCACCGUAAGAUCGAAAUAUCGUAAGUCGGACCAUCGUUCCUCGCAUUUAGAUUAUUUGGCUUGCUAUACACAUUUCCACGUGAUAUAAGACGCUUUGUCGAGUCAU